AUGGAUAAACUCACCCAAUCCGCUGUCCGAGAGGCGUGUUUCCGUGUGAUGACGUACUACAUGUCCUUUUAUGGUCACCCCCUCCCUCCUCCCCCUCCCAUUCGUGUCCUCCCUCGGGAUUCCCCCUCUCUGUCCCGCGCGCUCGGGAGGAGAGACUUUUUUUUUUCCUCCACGGGGACCGCGAAGCCAUCAAGCCACCCGCGCAGGGAGAGGGAUGAGGGGGAGGAAGGACCUGCGCGUUUUUUUCCAGCCCACUUUUCAUUCGUCCGCUGCGAAAGCUCCAAAGCGGCUGUGAUCCCCGGCUCCUCGCGCACCCCUGCACCCGCUCAGAGGAUUGCUUCGCGUCUCGCUGUCCCGGCCGCCGGUGUGAGGAGCGCGUGGGACAUGUUCACCAUCCAGGACGGGCUCACGCGGGGGGCCCUGACCAUGAAGGAAGAGCCGCUGCCCACCGGGAUGACCCCCGUCCGCGGCUGGAUGCAGGGGACCGGGAUCCUGGACGCGAACACGGCUGCGCAGAGCGGUGUGGGUUUGGCGCGUGCUCACUUUGAGAAGCAGCCUCCUUCAAACCUGCGAAAGUCCAACUUCUUCCACUUCGUCCUGGCCUUGUACGACCGGCAGGGGCAGCCUGUGGAGAUUGAGCGUACCUCCUAUGUGGACUUUGUGGAGAAAGACAAGGAGUACAAUGGAGAAAAGACCAACAAUGGAAUCCACUACAGACUGCAGCUUCUCUACAGCAACGGCAUCAGAACAGAACAGGACCUGUACGUGCGGCUAAUCGACUCCAUGACCAAACAGGCAAUCCUGUACGAGGGUCAGGACAAGAACCCAGAGAUGUGCAGAGUCCUGCUCACCCACGAGAUCAUGUGCAGCCGGUGUUGUGAUAAAAAAAGCUGUGGGAAUCGGAAUGAGACGCCGUCAGACCCGGUCAUCAUCGAUCGGCUCAGGGCUACAAGCAUUGUGGAUUUGGGGUGGCCCAGGGGCAUGCUGGGAGAUCCCGUGGCGCAGGUGUGGGGGUGGUGGAGGGGUUUCCUGGCAGUCCCUGCAGGGGCUCAUGUCAUCGCCCCUGGAUCUAAACCCCACGUCCAAUUAAGAGCUCAGCCAUAG